AUGGCGGGGGGUGGAUACCAGCAAGGUGGCUACCAGCAAGGAGGAGGCUUCCAGCAGCAGGGAGGCCAUCAUCAGGCCGGCUACCAACAAGACCGCCCUCCUUCUGGUGAGGCCGGCUCAUACUAUGGUGAAAACCAACAAGGCCAGCAACAGUUUGGCACGCAGCAUGGACACGGCCAAGAAGGAUACGGACAACAACAGGGGGGCUAUGGCCAAUCUCAGCAUCAGUCGGGACCCCCUCCUUACCAGAACCAAAGUAACUACGGCAACCAGGGAUACCGCAACGACGGCCCGCCUGGAUCCAACGGUCCGGAAGGCGAGGACGGCGAGCGUGGUCUGACGGGUGCUCUUGCUGGCGGCGCUGCCGGCGCCUUCGGCGGUCACAAGGUUGGCGGUAACUACGGCCACAGCAAGGCCAGCACUUUCAUCGGUGCCGUUGCAGGAGCUUUUGCCGGACACAAGUUGCAGGACGGUGUGUCUGACUGGAAGGACAAGCGUGAUGAGGAGAAGAAGCACGAGCACGACCAAAAGCAUGAGCACGACCGCCCUCACUCCCCUCCCAAGGACCACCAUCGUGGUGGACACCACGACGACCGCCACGGCGAUGACAAGCCUCGCAGUGGAAACUACGGCGGUGGCUUCACCGGCUCAGCUAGAGACAUUCGUCUUGACGCCCAUGGAGAGUAUAACCUCCACGCGUCAUGCAAGCGUCGUGAUGGUGAGUGGCAGAGCAGUACCAUCAGCCUGAACAGAAUUCUCGAGAACGACCACGGUAGCUUCCGCUGGUCUUCUGGUGGUGGCGGCGGCGGCGACUCUUCCGUGACCGUCCAGCAGGGCGAUACCCUCCGCAACAUCGCCGCGAGAUUUAAUGUCGGGUUCGAGGAGAUUGCGAGACACAACAACAUCCCCAACCCGGACCAGAUCUGGCCCGGCCAGGUCCUUCAGGUUCCCGGCCGUGGUGGCAACUCCGGCGGCAACUUCGGCGCCUCUGCACGGGACGCCCGUCUGGUUCAGGGUGGCCAGGUCCUCGAGGCUGAGCUGUCCCGCAACGGCCAGUGGGUUCGCAGCUCUAUCAACUUGGAUGAGAGAAUAGGAAAUAACAACGGAACCUUGCACCUUGUUUAA